CAGAGCUACGGCCAGGCGAAGGUCUGGGAUUGGUGUUGCAAACUAAGUUCUUCCUCCAAGACAAAUCACUCGAUAUCACCCAAGCAUAACGAGCUAGAUCGCCAGCUCUAAGGUUUGCUACAAUCCCCUUCAAGAAGCAACAGGAUCUCGCUUCAUGGCAGGUCCCCAGACAAGUCCACGACCCAAGAUUCCAACUCUAUCCAAGAAACAACACAUCCUCAGUUCAAGACAAGCCCUCGGACAUACCGAAAACCCAAGAUCUCCAACUCCAUCCAAGAAACAACAUAUCCUCAGUUCAUGGCAGGCCCUCAGACAUGUCGACGACCCAAGGCCCCUAGCAAGAAAGCGUCGGUCUCUGCACGAAAUACUGUUCCUAACAAUCCUCCUCAUGGUCGACAUUGAUGUCGAGAAACAUGUCGCUUCACAAGCCAAGGCCACCAGCUGUACAGACAGACUCUUUGGUCCGGGCGAGAUGCUCACAAGAAGAGAGGUCCCUUUACCUUGUAUAACACGACGAAGUCUUGCAGUGCUUUCAGACGGUAUUUCGUUGCUUCUACCCAUUGCCACGUUUCGAUCUUCUGAGACCUUGCCCGCUCUUGUCGUCUUCGUCGCUACUGAUCUGAAUUUGAGCAUCCCGAUCUACAACAGCCUUUCGCACCAGUAUUAUCGCCACAUAUCUCUUCAUACCCCUUCUAACGCUUUUCGAUUUGCCGCUAACACAAGCCCACAGACACGAUCCUCAGACACGACCUAGCUCAUAACUUUUGUUAACACAUACAGCGGGCUUAAAGCUCAGUGCAUUCCACUUAAGCGAUACUGCCUCUUAUUUAUUUAAUCUCUACUAUGCUCUUCAAUAUACUAAAAUUGAAUAGCGAAGACCCCCCGGUACUAUUUCUCACCUACGUACUCGUGGUUCAAAUACCCUUUCAAACCCUGGAUUCUUCGAGGAUAGACCUGACCUGGACACCCAAGGAUGGACCUGGACUGGAUACCAUGGAUGGACCUGGACUGGACACCCACGAACGGACCUGGACUAGACAAAACUAGAUGGACCUGAACGGACGCCCACCCAUAACCCUGCAACGUUAGCUAAUGCAAAUACCAAUGCUAUAGUACACCUGACUUCG